AUGGCAUCAAGAAAGCCAGCAGAUGAAGAUUACAUUGAUAUUGAUGAUACCUAUGAUGCAAAUCAAGAUGACGAUGCUGGAAAUGGAGGAUACGCUUGGGAAGAAGAAUAUAAGAGAUCUUGGGAUAUCUUGCAAGAAGAUUCUGAAGGUCGACUAAGUAGCGUAGUAUCGCAAUUACAACAGCAACGAAAGCGACGAAGAUUAUUGAAAGAUACAGCCAUUAUACAGCGAGGUAUCAUUCGACACUUGUUUUUAGUAAUCGAUUUAUCAGAAGCAAUGAACGAAAAGGACUUGAGACCUAGUCGUGUAGAAUUGACAUUGACAUAUGCACAGCAAUUUGUGAUUGAAUACUUUGAUCAAAACCCUAUAUCCCAGCUUGGCAUCAUUGUUACUCGAGACGGCAUUGCAGAGAAAUUGACAGAGCUUAGUGGCAAUCCAACAGAUCAUAUCAAGGCAUUGAAAUCGAAAAAGAACACCGAGACGAGUGGAGAGCCCUCAUUACAAAACUCAUUACAACUUGCUCGAGCAAGCAUGUUGGGUGUACCAAGCCAUGGAUCCAAGGAAGUCUUGCUGGUGUUUGGCUCAUUGACGACAUGUGAUCCAUCAGAUAUCCAUGAGACAAUUGAUUUACUAAAGAAGGAGAUGGUAAGAGUCAACAUUGUGGGUCUUGCGGCAGAAGUGCAGAUUUGCCGGCUACUGUGCGAGUCAACCAAGGGAACCUAUGGCGUAGUAUUGAACGAAGCCCAUUACAAGGAUUUGCUGUUUGAAGUCGUGCCACCGCCAGCAGUGCUGCCCAACAAGAACACAUCCAAUUUAGUCACCAUGGGCUUUCCUCGACGAUUAAUAGAAGAUCAUCCCAGCUUUUGCGUAUGCCAUUCCAAACUCACUGUGGGCGGAUACAUUUGCCCUCGAUGCAAAUCCAAGGUGUGCGAAUUACCCAGCGACUGCGACAUUUGUGGACUGACACUGGUAUCCUCACCCCAUUUGGCCAGAUCCUAUCACCACUUGUUUCCAGUGGAUAAUUUUGAUGAGAUCAAGCCUAAUAGUGGGCGUGAAACCCAUUGCUUCUCAUGUUUAGCAGAGUUUUCAGACAAGACAGACACAGCGAGCAAAUUUUCAUGUUCUAAAUGUGGACAAGAGUUUUGCGCAGAGUGCGAUAUCUUUGUCCAUGAAGUGCUACAUAAUUGUCCCGGUUGCUGGAGCGUUGGACAAAAGAAGAAGAUGUGA